AACGGCGGCGGUGGCUAUCUGCUGGCCGGUGGCAGUAGCGCCGCCGAGUCGCCGGUGAAUCAGCUGCCGGCCGGCAUAGGCGGCAUGCCGCCCGUCGUGCAGGACGCCCUCAUACAGCAGCACCAUCAUCAGCGACACUCGCAGAGCGACGACGACAGCGGCUGCGCCCUCGAGGAGUACACCUGGGUGCCGCCCGGUCUCAGGCCGGAUCAGGUACACCUGUACUUCAGCGGCCUGCCCGAGGACAAGAUACCGUACGUGGGCUCGGCCGGUGAGCGCGAGCGCGUCAGGCAGCUACUGCAGCAGCUGCCGCCGCACGACAACGAGGCGCGCUACUGCAGCGGCCUCGGCGACGAGGAGAAGCGCGAGCUGCGCGUCUUCGCCGCCCAGAGGAAGCGAGAGGCCCUGGGACGCGGACAGGCCAGUCAGCUGGAACGAGCCCACGUCGGCGGCUGUCGGGAGUGCGGCCGCGGCAUAAACCAGGGCGAGAUCGCGGUCGGCGCGUCGCGCUCCGGCCCGGCGUCGCUCUGGCAUCCGGCCUGCUUCGUCUGCUGCGUCUGCCGACAGCUCCUCGUCGAUCUCAUCUACUUCUGGCGGGACGGCAGGCUCUACUGCGGCCGGCAUCACGCCGAGACGCUGAAGCCGAGGUGUUGCGCCUGCGACGAGAUCAUACUGGCGGACGAGUGCACCGAGGCCGAGGGCAAGGCCUGGCACAUGAGGCACUUCGCGUGUCUGCAGUGCGACAGACAGCUGGGUGGUCAGCGCUACGUGAUGCGCGACGGCCGCCCGUACUGUCUGCACUGCUUCGACGCGUCGUUCGCCGAGUACUGCGACAGCUGCACCGAGCCGAUCGGCGUCGACCAGGGCCAGAUGUCGCACGAGGGCCAGCACUGGCACGCCAACGAGUGCUGCUUCUGCUGCGCCACCUGUCGCACCUCCCUCCUCGGGAGGCCGUUUCUGCCGCGACGCGGAGCGAUCUACUGCAGCAUCGCCUGCAGCAAGGGCGAGCUGCCCACGACGCCGAGCGACUCGUCCGCGGGACCGAAUCCGGCGCCGCCGCCCUCGUUUCCGCGCAUGUCCAAGCGUUACGGAGGCACGAAGAACAACGGCGGCGCCGAUGGCACGGCGUCGCCCGGUAGGCAUGGAUCGCCGAGGCACGGUUUUGGUUCGCCCAGGAACUCGCCGCGAAUGGCCAGGAAACACAACGGCAGCCAUCACAGCAAUUCCCAGCAGCAGAGCAACAUCACUCAGCUGACGCAGCAGCAUCAGCAGCAGCAGCAGACGUCGGCCGCGGGCUCGUUGGCCAGUACGCCACCGCCGAGUCUGGUGCCGCCGGGUACGACGACGACCAAUGGGCUGGAUUUGAAUCUGAGCAACGGUGGUACAGAGAGGCCGGGUGCUCUCGAUCGGGUGCUGCUCGAGCGCAAUCUCGAGCGACUGCUGCAGGAACGAGGCUCGCAAUCGGACGAGUCCACGGCUGAGCUUGGAAGGCUGAUGCACGCGCGCGAUCGAGAGCCGCUGCGCUGCAUUCCGGGCUCGGACAGUCCGUCGCACGCCUCGAGCAUGCCGGAGCUUCCCGGCCCCAUGAUGAUGAUGAAUCUCAACUCGCCACCGGACUGUCUGCCGCCGCCGCCUCCGCCGCCGGACUCGCCGACCAUGACCGCCGCGGAGGACAGCGGCCGGGGCAUGCUGAUAUCGUCGUCGUCGAGCUCGGUCUCGCCCUCGACGCCGCCCGAGGACAAGGCCUCGUCGCCGCCGCCGCCUCCAACACCGCCACCGACGCAUCAUCCCAGCGCCAGACGAGUGAGAUUCCAGGAGGCCGAUCUCGUGGACGACGCCGCCUCGAAUUACAGCAACGGCAGUCGGUCGCACGGCGGCAGUAGACGUUCCCCGCCCGUGCCGAGGCGACCUCAGUACGUGCCGAGAUCGAGGAGUCUGCAGCCCGAGGAGGUGCCCGGCUGCUCCUCUUGGACCGGUGCGGUGCCGAAACUGCGCGACGACGACGAGGACAGCUGCUGCUCGACCUGCAGCUCUUCGAGCUCUUCCGACGAGGCCGACGCUUACGUGCUGCCGCCGCGUCGUGCCUACGGCGGCGUCAGGGCGGCCUACGUGCCCAACGACGCGAUGGCGGUGGCGCGUCGUCGCCAGGGACCGGCCUCGCCCACCGCGGCCCAGCCCGCCGCCGGUGGCAAGGACGCGGAGAAGUGCGUCGUGUCCUGAUCGACGGCUCGUCGUUACGUUUAUUAUAAUAAUAAUGAUGAUAAUAGUUGUACUAGCUUCCAACGCAGCAGCGUCACGGCGUUCGAUCGUUAUUACGCCACCACCCACGGGUCCACUGUAGCAACUUGUAUAUACUAGAUUAUACAUAUCAAAUAUAUGAUAUAUAUAUUGUACGUGCAUAUAGACAUUUUAUAUAUAAAAAAUAGUGUGUAACGUAUUGCCCAAUCGCCGUGAGCUUCGUCGAACCGGCGAGCGGGGAAAAAAAGAGAGAGAUACAAGUCUUUUAUUUUAUCCCUUUAGCUCUCUGUCUAUAUUAAGCUUUUAUUACUUCGUUGUCCAACGGGAUAUCUCCCCCUCUUUUUCUUAUUCUUUAGACAAGUAAGAAAAAAAACCCUGUGUAAUCCUCUAUAUCAUCAAUUGUCUCGGUGUGUAUCGAUCUAUUAGCUUUCAAUUGUCGUAAAAUGGCUUUAAGUGUGCGAACGAAAUUUUUGUAUAGUUGUAAGCCCUCUCGGCGGGAGUCGAAACCGCGGCUAUCUCGAUGGUUUUCAUUGUAUUGUCUAUUGUAUUUAAUUUUAUUGACUUAUAAACCAUACUAUUUCUGGUCGUUUAUUAUUAUUAUUAUUAUUAUUAUUAUUAAUAUUGUGUUUCGCAUCGUUCUCGAUAGCUACGUAAUUCCAGCGAGUCUUCGACGAUAAUUGACAUAUCGCGGAUUAUUGCCCCUUUGCCGCACGACGACGACGUAAUGUAACUCGAAUACUCAUUAGUUUAUGAAUGUGCACAUAUCAAACUGUUAAGAUUUUAUAGCGGCAAACGGUUUAGAAUUAGGCUAUCAGGAUGGAUCUUAAUAUGUUUGUACAUAUAAAUGACUACUGC